GUGGUGAGUAGUCUUGUUUACGUGUUUGUUCCAGUCCCUGUGCUUACUCCCCGGUUUGAGGCUUGCGUUCCUGUUCUGUUCCGACUUUGUCUGUUUCGUUGCAGCCACUGAAGAUCCUGGUGUCGCCAUGGGCCGUCGCCCCGCCCGGUGUUACCGGUAUUGUAAGAACAAGCCGUACCCCAAAUCUCGUUUUUGCCGAGGUGUCCCUGAUGCCAAGAUCCGCAUCUUUGAUCUGGGGCGGAAGAAGGCAAAAGUGGAUGAGUUCCCACUCUGUGGCCACAUGGUAUCAGAUGAAUAUGAGCAGCUGUCCUCUGAAGCCCUGGAGGCUGCCCGAAUUUGUGCCAAUAAGUACAUGGUGAAAAGCUGUGGCAAAGAUGGCUUCCACAUCAGAGUGCGGCUCCACCCCUUCCAUGUCAUCCGCAUCAAUAAGAUGUUGUCCUGUGCUGGGGCUGACAGGCUCCAGACAGGUAUGCGGGGUGCUUUUGGAAAGCCCCAGGGCACAGUGGCCAGGGUCCAUAUUGGUCAAGUCAUCAUGUCCAUCCGCACCAAGCUGCAGAACAAGGAACAUGUGAUUGAGGCCCUACGCAGGGCCAAGUUCAAGUUCCCUGGUCGCCAGAAGAUCCACAUCUCCAAGAAAUGGGGCUUCACUAAAUUUAAUGCAGAUGAGUUUGAAGAUAUGGUAGCUGAAAAGCGGCUCAUCCCAGAUGGUUGUGGAGUCAAAUACAUCCCUAAUCGUGGCCCCCUGGACAAGUGGCGGGCUCUGCACUCAUGAGAGCCUCAGCACUGCCCCCCUAUUGACACCUAUGAAUAAAUCCUACUUCCUGUC